CUGCGUAUGGGGCUAGUCUAGGCCCCUUGUUAUGAUCCGCAAUUAAAGGAAGGCGGAAAGACUAGGAGAGGGCGGCGAAAUCGAGAUCUACCGACAGGAUUAGUCACGAGGCAUCUAAUAAAGAUGAGGGUUGCGCGCUUUGCAGUGUUUCUUCGGAACUGGGUGGCUUUGUUGGCAACCUACAUGUCAAUAAGGGCUCGGGCUUCCUCGAUAUGCCCACAUCCAUUUUUCCACCGCCAUUCUUUGUCCAUACCACCACAAUGGUGCCCUAGGAUGGUAUCCCCCCCUUUACGAUAUUUGGGUGUUUUGGGCGUAGAGAAGGUUAUGACGUCCUCGUCAAGACGCUGUGUGACCUGGUACAGGCCCGGUGGUGUAGAGUUGUAUGCGAAGCAUAUCGAGCAGAUUGAGGGUAGUAAGCCGAGUGAUGACUUUUACAUCCGAAAUAGGGCGUAGUACCCUCCUACGGCGCCUACAUAUAUUUAGAUAUACCAAACAUGUUAGAAACAAAUCAUGUUCUUGCCCUAAC